UAGGUAUUCAAAUUGUCAUUCGGAAUACACUUUUUCUUCCCCUGUGUGUGCACGUACGCGAGAUGCUGACUAAAGAACAAGUACAAAAGUUUGAGGAUGAUGGCUUCCUGCUCGUGGACGAUUUCCUCAAGGCUGAUGAGGCAGAUGCCCUGAGACAGGCUUGUCAUGCAUUGGUCAAGGACAUGGUUCCCGAGGAGCACAACACAGUCUUCACCACGCUGGAGAUGAAGAGGACAAGCGAUGACUAUUUCCUGAACAGUGGAGACAAAAUCAGGUAUUUCUUUGAGGACGGAGCCAGAGACGAUAAAGGACAACUCAAAGUGGAUAAGCAUCUAUCACUAAACAAAAUUGGCCAUGCUCUCCAUGUACUAAAUCCUGCCUUCAGAAAGGUGACAUUCAAUGAAGGAAUUAAGUCUAUAGCGCGAGACAUAGGCCUGGUGGACCCUGUUGUUUGCCAGAGUAUGUACAUCUUCAAGCAACCUGGCAUAGGAGGAGAAGUGGUUCCCCAUCAGGACCAGACUUUCCUGUACACAGACCCUAUGAGACUGUUUGGUAUCUGGAUAGCACUAGAGGAUGCCACCACAGAAAAUGGCUGCCUCUGGUUCCAGCCUGGCUCACAUAAACCUGGUCUGUAUGCCAACAGAAGAAUGAUUCGUAAUCCAAAGAUGGGUGAGAAGGGUGAGCCUACCACUAUUUUCACCUGUGAUGCCCCUAAGUUAGACUACUGUGAUUACGUACCUGUACCUGUCAAAAAAGGAAGCCUGGUGAUCAUCAAUGGAGAAGUUGUACACAAGAGUGAACAAAACACAUCGAACAGGUCUCGACAUAUCUACACCUUCCAUAUGUACGAUCAGAGUAACACAAAGUACAGCAAAGACAACUGGUUACAGCCAUCAAAGGAAGUGCCUUUCACUCCACUGUACAGCAUGUCACCAGUCUGCGAGCAACACUGACUGAGACAGAGUAACCUGACCUAGAAUUGUUUACCGAGUUUACUUUGUGUUUAAAGGAUAAAAGUAUAUGUAAUGUACUCAGAGGAUUUAUAUAGUAAGAGAAAGUUCUUCCAGUGAAGAUUUGAUAUAUAAAUAGAUUACUCUUUAAUUGCAAAAAAAAUCCUGAAAAAUUUGUACACAAUAUCAUUAUUAUUGUGACUUUCUUGCUGGUUCAAAUUUGCAGAGACUGAAUUUGUCUGUUAUUAGUAAAUGUAUUAUAUCGGGCAUCAAUCUUGAUGACCUGCAGAUAUUAAUAAAGUCCUUGAAAGCCUUUUUAAAUUAAAGGCUCAUCUGAAAAUAAUGUCAUAAAAUCAUCAGGUUUGUCUGGUCAACCAUUCAGACUGGAAUAAACAAAAAAAAAUCUCUAGUUUUCUUUAGGUGCCCAGGCCACCCAUAAAAUUUGAUUAAUCCAACCAUUUCAAGUGAUUUCAUUUUAUAUUGUGCUGUGAGGGAGAUUUUUAAUGCAAUACAGCGUAGCUUUUAAUGUUAAUAUUGAUAAUUGCAAAUCAUUUCUAUUUUUGUAUGAUCCUAAUUGUGUUCUAUUUUAUGUCUGCAAUAGGUAUUUUUUUAACUGAUGGAGAAAUGUCAGUUGUAUAACUAUUUGUACUCUUACAUUAACUGACCAGUGGAAGCAAUGUUUCCUAUACUACACACACUUAAAAGUCACUGAUUUUGAUAAUAUAUUGAUGUAUUAUAUGUAAUUAUGUGGUGACAAUAAUGGUUCUUACAAUUGUCUCAGAUGUUUUCCUUUUUAAUUAUUUUAUAAAUAUGUUGUCAACGUGUUCAUUUUAAUUGGUAUAUAAAAUGUUUUAAUUGAUUUAUACAUGUAAUUUAUGAAUAUGGAUACAAGUUUUGAGUUUGUACAUCAGUAUUGUUGUAAAUGUAUAAUCAGUUCAGUCCCACAUUCCUCCAAUGCUGAGUUCCUGAUAAAUGAAAUAUUUUCAAAUGAGAUCCAGAAAGUAUCACAUAAAAUAGUAAUAGAUUUGAGAUCAUAUAUACAUGUACUAUUACUAUGCAUUAUGAAUGAAGAGAUAACCAGAAAAGCAACUGGAAUUCUAAUCAAACCUGUCUAUAAAGGCCUGUUAAGGGAGCAGAGAUAAACUAUCUUUGAAGACGGGUGACCUUUAUAUAGAGGUUCAUUUACAAUGGAUAGUGUUACAUUGGGAAACGUAAACAUAUGGCCUUUAAGGCAGGUUUGACUGUACACUUAUUAAAAAUACAUUUGUAUGUGACAUCAUAACGGGUAGUCUCUUGUCUAGUGGCAUUAAGUAACCCAGUGAUAUUGAGUAUGUACAGAUUACAUAGCUAUGUAUGUAAUGAAUAUGUGAUACAAUUUUAGUCUUCUUUUUGCAUCCUGAUCCAUAUCCUCUACUGAAACCCACAUUGUCAUGUUAUUUUAGAUAUAUUGAUGAAAAUAAUAUUUCUGUAAAACUAUACAUGGGAGCGAGUUCCAGUUAUUGACUCAUUUGUCUGUAUAAAGGAAUAUUCCUGAAUAUCCAAUUAGAGAUGAUAAUUAUUGCACUUUUUAACAGAUCAGCAAGUGAUAAAAAUAUAUAUUUGAACGUAUAACCAGAUGUAUGAGGGAAAUCAGUAUUUAGACUUCAAAAAUAAAUUUGUUAGCAAUAUA